CGCCCUGGGCUGGACUACGGUUCCCAGAAGGCCGCGCGCGGUCCGUCGCUGGUCGAGUGGGCGCCAGUCCACCGCCGGGCUAGAAGAACUCCGGGGCAGGGAGAGACCCGCGCCCGGAGAGUUGAGCUCGCGAUCCCCGCGCCGGCGGGACCGGGCGGCCGGCGUCAUGACCCUGUUCCAUUUCGGGAACUGCUUCGCCCUGGCCUACUUCCCCUACUUCAUCACGUACAAGUGCAGCGGCCUGUCCGAGUACAACGCCUUCUGGAAAUGCGUCCAGGCCGGGGUCACCUACCUCUUUGUGCAGCUAUGCAAGAUGCUGUUCUUGGCCACUUUCUUUCCCACCUGGGAAGGUGGCAUCUAUGACUUCAUUGGGGAGUUCAUGAAGGCUAGUGUGGAUGUGGCAGACCUGAUAGGCCUAAACCUUGUCAUGUCCCGGAACGCCGGCAAGGGAGAGUACAAGAUCAUGGUCGCUGCCCUGGGCUGGGCCACCGCCGAGCUCAUUAUGUCCCGCUGCAUCCCACUCUGGGUCGGAGCCCGGGGCAUUGAGUUUGACUGGAAAUACAUCCAGAUGAGCAUUGACUCCAACAUCAGUCUGGUCCAUUACAUCGUGGCAUCCGCCCAGGUCUGGAUGAUAACACGCUACGACCUGUAUCAUACCUUCCGGCCAGCAGUCCUCCUCCUGAUGUUCUUUAGUGUCUACAAGGCCUUUGUCAUGGAGACCUUCGUCCACCUCUUUUCCCUGGGCAGCUGGACAGCACUGCUGGCCCGAGCAGUGGUCACAGGGCUGUUGGCCCUCAGCACUUUGGCCCUGUAUGUCGCUGUUGUCAACGUGCACUCCUAGGCUUGGUGUCUUAGACAUUGACACACCUCUUCCCUGCCUCUCCAGGUUUUAGUGAAAUAAAUAAUAUUUGGAAAGUUG